CAUGGACGAAGUAAACAAGGACCAAAAACGUGAUGAUGAAAAUGAACGGAUUGAUAGGGAUCAACUAGACUUCCAAUUUUAUGAUUUAUCUGAUAAACCCCCAGUUUGUCUACCUGAAACCCAAACUAAUGAAACUGUAGAGAAAAGUUCCCCUAAAGAAGCUUUACAGGCUUUUGAAACACAAAAAAUAACUGAAGAUAUUUCAAAAUUAAUUGAUCUUGUUGGACGUUAUGGCGAAGAUUGGGCUCAGGAGUUUAGAAACAGCUAUAAUAACUUUUUGAAAGAUACAAAUGGUAUGGAGGACCAAAUGACAAGAGAAAAACUAAGGGGCAUUUUAGAAAAUGCUCUCUUAUAUCGCUUUAAACCGCCUGAUGAUAACUUGCAAAAGUCGUUUGAAUUCAAUCUACCCGCUACGGUUGAGGCAAUAAUGAUUGAAGAUGCUUCUAGAUUACUGAAGUUAUCUAGAGAAAUUAUACAUCUCUGCUCUCCAUACAACCCGAAAGAAGGCGAUCUACGGUUUAAAGAACUAGACGAAUUCGAGAAACGAAACAUUAAGAAUGUCAAAAAUAUCAUUAUACCCAAUAUUUCACAUGAACUAUUAAAUCAACAUCGUAUCGGACUUGCAACAAUGUUCUCUAAGCUCAAAUGUUUGAUAAAAAUCCGUGAGGAGAUUACAUCACCAAUUGACAACUACUAUUCAUGCUUCAACAUUAGGAAACUGGAGAGAGUUCAGCUAACAGCAGAGACUCAACGUAUACGAAAUUUUUUCCGAAAUAUUGUCGCAUUCCCUGCUCCUAAUUAUAUACUUGAAGACCCCCGAUGGGACAAUAUGGAAGAGAGAAGAGAGGCAGCUAGAAGAAUUACUAAAGUACUUGAUGUUUGUCAUGGGGUUCUUAUUAUAUGUCAAAAAUAUUCUCCGACUCAAGCCCAAAAGUGUCUUGAUAACCUUGCAAACUUUCAAGAAAUGAAUCCAGAAUGUGGAUUUGCUCCCAAUUGGGAGAAUAUGUUUCUAUUUCAUCAUAUAGAUCAAUGCAUUAAGUUGUUAAAUGCUUAA